AUGUGCAACCCCAAAAUACUCCUUCCUGCAUCCCAUCAUGUGUCCCACUCCUCAGCAGCACCCAAAAGGAGAUCCAAAAAGCUGCUCCCAGUGACUGAUGCUGAUGGGUUUCACGUGUGGACACAGGUGGGCGUUAGCGAGGAUGCCCGCAGAGAAGCUCCUUCAAGCCCACACACACAUACCAGCCACCAACUGUCCUACCAGCGGCGUGCCGAACGCCACCCCCACACCCGGCGGCCGCUCCUCCACUGCCCCGUCCCCCGCAAGGGACUGAGCGCCGCAGCCCCACCCACUGACGCAAGAGGAGGUGGCCGCGUUGAAUGGCUGCCGCGCGGCAAGGGGCGGGGCGAGCGCGGGCCAGAUUAUUGGCGGAGCGGGGCCGCUAGCCGUUGGCGGGCGAGUUUAAAAUGGCUGAGGCGGGGAGGGGGGCUCCAUGGGGGUGGUUGUUGGGUUUGGCCGCCCUCAGCGGUUGAGGUGGAAGCCGUGGUCGCGGACUGGAUGCUGGACUUUGCUUGCCACUGCCUGUGCCGGCAUUUCAGGGAGGGCUGCGCGGCGGAGUUCCAGCGGUGGACGGGUGUGGCGCAGGCUAUUAUUAAUGGCCUCUCCAAUAUACCUACACAUCAGAAGAAAACAGUGUAUCUUUGUCAGCUUUUGAUAAGAAUUGCCAAAGGAAAGAACCUUGAAUGCCAUUUUGAAAAUGAUCAAAGAAUUUCACCUCUAGAAUCUGCUUUGUCUUGCUGGACUUCACUUGAAAGGGAAGAAAUCAAACUGGAAAAGCUUCAUGAAGAUAUUCGUCGCCUGAUUCAAGUUCAGGUUGUAGCAGUUCAUAUGGAAAACGGAUAUUUCAAGGAGGCUGCUGAAGUUCUUGAAAGGCUAUUCACAGGUUCUGAUUCAGAUAAGCCCUUAAGGAUGAAGCUGGCAACCAUAAUUAAAAACAAGGAUCCUUAUAUUCCCCUUCUCGAAAGCUUCAGUUACAGUCUUCUGAUAAGUAAAAUCAAGUCUUACAUUGAACUGUUCAUGAGAGAAAAUGAAACUAACUUCUUACUACAGGCAGCCACAAAAGAGAUAGAGUCUAAAGGAUCUGGAGCAAGACUAUUGCAAAACACAACUGUGAACGUCCAUGAAAAAGACAAAAGGAAUUUGGAAACAAAACGAAGGCCUCGUUCAAGACGGAAAUGUGGAGUGAGAGGUGUUCUUCAGAGUCUGAACAACUUGCAGAAUGUGGAAGAACAUGAAGAUUCUUUGGCUUGUUAUCGAAGAAGACAGCGAUGGACUUGUAAAGAAGACUUGGAACUGAAAUCAGGAGUCAAGGAGUUUGGAGUGGGUAAUUGGGCUAAAAUUUUGGUCCAUGGUGACUUCAACAAUCGAACUAAUGUCAUGUUAAAAGACCGCUGGAGAACACUGUGCAAGAUCAAACAAGGCUGA